AGCCAAUGUGACUAAUCUGAUAAGCUAACGUAUAUAUUUAGUUAUGCAUAUUUACAUAUGAUUUGGGGAUUAUUUGUCUUUUUUAUUAUUUCAAUUAUUCUUGUUGGAUUUGGAGUUCUUAUAAUAAUUAUUCAUGUUUAAUUAAUGUUACUUGUUGGUUAGGAAGGGGAGUCGAUUAGAAAAAGCAGACGAUGGAGGCCAACGGCCUAAGGCUAGAGGAAAAGGGAUUUGGAAGGAAAACAAGCAUUACGAUAGGAGGAGGAGUUGCGCUGGAAGACAUUUUGGCUCUCGGGCCAGGUUGUGGAUUGCUGACAAUGGUCGGAAGUAGAAGCACUUGCAGAAUGGGCUUUGAGCAUUGGAAUGGGCGUCAGACAAUGGACUCGGUCAAACAUGAUGGCCUCAGUGGUCAUGGGCUUGAUUGGGAUCAUGUAGACUAGAUGGAAAAUAGUGACAUUGGUCUUCACGACUAUGGCGAGGCACAUAGGCUAGCAGGCUCGAGCGGUUGAGCUAGGGUGUUCAUGCCAAAAUUGGCCCAAAUUGAGUGGUUGGAGAGGACGUAUGCAACUUUUGCAUUGGCAAUGACUUGGCCCCAAUUUUAAGAGGAACCAUAGGAUCGAUUUGGGCCAUAUGAAGGAGCGUCUAGCCAUGUAAAACAUGCCAAGGUUAAACAAAUUGGAUCGAGGAGAUUUGGUGGGAUUAUUUAUUGGAGGGUUUAAACUGAAAAUUUAUGAUGUUGUUUGCAUGUUUCCUUUAGAGACCGUGUGAGAGACAAAUCGACUCACCAAGUUGAAGAAUGAAGAGUUGACGAAACUUCAAAGUGUGAAAAGGAAUACUUCACGCACAGCUCAAGAACCAACAUCCGCACCAUUAGUUGUGCAAGCACACGUGGCCCGCUUUGCAAUUCUAUUACUUGAAGGAUUGUAAGGAAGUGGUUAAGUAUCAUACAUGAGCCUGUAUAAGAUCCAGCAUAACCUUCUCCCAACAACUCGAGUUAUUGGGAGCAACUGAUUCUUGACAUGGUAUCAAAGAUGGUUUGUCUGUGAGGUCACGUGUUCAAGUCCUCACGACCCCCAAUAUUAAUCGUUGUCUUUCAAGCACAUGGUAUGACGGGCAUGUGCAAACUUCAAGUCCAUGAGUCAGCUUUCGUUUGAAGGAGCGUGUAAGGAAGUGGUUAAGUACCAUACAUGGGCCUGUAUGAGAUCCAUCAUAACCUUCUCCCAACAACUCGAGUUAUUGGGAGCAACUGAUUCUUGACAAGGAUAUCAUCAAAAGAAAAUGGCAUAGAGAAGGGUCAAUGGGCUAUGCUUCCAUUGCGAUGAUCGAGAAUGCUCAAGUGAUGCUCAUAAUUGAGAACCGCAAGGAGGAGGAAGAGGGAGGUUUUGUCUUUGAGGAUGACCAACCUUGAGGACAAAGUUGCGCUCAAUGGUGAUGAUUGUCACAUACAUGAGUCGGUGUGACUAAUAUGAUAUUUUAGACGUAUCUUUAUUCUAUUAUUCAUAUUUACGUGUUAUUUUCACAUGAUUUAUCUUAUUAAUUUAUUAAAUUUGUCUAGUUGGAUUGGGAUUUUUUUAUGAAUGAUUAGGAUUUUUUAUUGAUAGUUGUUUUAUGUUUAAUUAAUGUUACUUGUGGGUUAAGAAAGAAAAUUAUGUUAGAAAAAAGAGAGGGGAGAGGCUGGUGGCAUAUAAAUAUAAUAUUUUUAUGAAAUUAUGUUGUUUUAAUUAAUUUUCUUCAUUCUAGUGAAUUAUUGUCAUAUUUUUUUUCUUAUGUAAUGUGAGAAUAGGUGUGAAUGUUAACAUAUUGGUUGGAGUUAUGAAGAUGAAUUAUUAUCCAUGGAUAACUGUGGAUACCCGAAACCCGAACGAGUAUAUACAUGAUUUUGAUUUUCUACCCGUUUCUCAUGUGAGUAUGGGUAAAACUUGAACUAUUUUGAGUAGGGUAACGAAUAUGCACUAUCCACCUGACCAAACUCAUUGCCAUCUCUAGGCGCAAGGUUAGAAGGAAAAGAAUUUGGAGCGUAAUUCUUCUAAAUAUGUUCAUAUUUUCCAGGUUAGAAGAUUGUAACUUCGUAACCCAAUUUUGUUUUUUUUUUCUUUCAUCUAUUUCUCUUUAUUCUUACUCUAUUUUCCCCCUCAAAUUCGUUGUAAUUCUUACGCACAUAUCCAAUAGUUAUCCUGUGUUGCAACUGAUGAAAUAAAUAUUGUCUAAAAUCCAAAUUUUCUAAUUGGUGUGACAAUAAUAAUGCUCUAAAUUAUUUGAUUUUUAGCUAUGACAUAUAAAAGGUAUAAAAAUCA